AAUACCAAGAUCUAGUCUUAUGUGUUGUCAUGGCUGAAGGCCCGACUGGUCUGAUGGAAGAAGCUCCUCCUCAGGAUCUCUGUAUUGGUCUUUAUUUAGAGGAAGCACUUCAGUGACCACAACAGAGUAAUUAGUUCAUCUUCCUGCAAGAAGACGCUGAAUAUCUCCGUCAACACUGGUGAUAGCUGGAUAAUUUUGGUGUGAAUUCUACACGUGGUGGAUCUUCGAGUGUCGUCUGUCUGAAGGCUGAUGUCACCAUGUUUUAUAGAAUGUUGAGAAAUAUUACAGUAACAACAAUCCUCAUGUUACUGACAGGAGUUCAGACUCAGCACAGUGUAACUCUCUGCUCUCAGAGUCUCUGUGGUGUUAUUGGAUCUACAGUAAAUAUCCCCAGUACAUUUACACCUCAUCACUCCAGAAUAGCAGAGAUACAGUGGUAUCGAGUCAGGAGCUCUGAAGAUGAACCACAAGACCUGAGAAAAGAUCCAGAAUAUUCAGGACGUGUGUAUGUAACAACCGAGGGGUCUGACUAUAUGCUGACAGUGAGGAAUUUGAGAGUGAGUGACUCUGGAGUUUAUAUCUUUAGAUUUAAAACAUGGGGCAGUGACUGGAAUUCAGAUUCAUCUGGAGUUCAACUGAAUGUUACAGACUUGCAGUUGAAGGUGGAUCCUAACACUGUAGGACAAAGAGAAGUAAAAGUAACCUGUAGCUCCACCUGCAGACUCAACACACGCCGUUUCUACUGGUACUGGAAUGGCCAUAAUCUCAGAUUAUUCACAGAUGACGCCUCCAUUGUACUUGACUCCACCAGUCUAUCUGAUGAAGGCAGCUACUCUUGUAAGGUGUAUGAGAGUACACACCACUCUCCUCCAGUGUGUGUACUGGGUAAACAGUGUUGGGGUGUGACUUACACUGCUGAACGUGUGUGUGCUCUGAAAAACACAUCAGUUGAUCUUUCCUGCUCUUAUAAAUAUCCUGCAGGUCACACAGUGAUAAAAUCAGUGUGGUUCAUUAAAGAGCAGGUUAAUGUUGAGCCUGAGGAUGUGAGAGAGGAUGAAGAGUAUCAGGGCCGAGUGCAGUACACACAGAGCUCCCAGAAUGACUGUAGUCUGAGAAUCACUAACCUGAGAGAGAGAGACGCUCAAACAUACAGGUUCAGAUUAUACACUGAUGAUUCUACAGAAAAAUACACCGGAGAACCUGGAGUCUCUCUGUCUGUCACAGAUCUGAAGGUUACAGUAUCAGACUUGGACAAGAAUAAGAAGCUGAGCUGCAUCACCACCUGCACUCUGUCUAACAAACCCACUUACAUCUGGUACAAGAACGGACAGCGUGUUACUGACCAGGACAGAAAUGAACUGAAUGUCAGCAGUGAGGAUGCAGGCAGCUUCUCCUGUGCUGUAAGAGGACAUGAGGAACUUCGCUCUCCUGCUGUCUGUUUUCCUGAUGAGAAGAGCUGCUGGAGUGUGACUUACUCCACCCAGACUAUCUGUGGUCUAAUUAGCUCAUCAGUGGACAUACACAGUUAUUUUACCUUCCCUAAUAAAUACAAGGUCAUGAAAAUGUUAUGGUUCAUUAAACAGCAGGUUAAUGUUGAGCCUGAGGAUGUGAGAGAGGAUGAAGAGUAUCAGGGCCGAGUGCAGUACACACAGAGCUCCCAGAAUGACUGUAGUCUGAGAAUCACUAACCUGAGAGAGAGAGACGCUCAAACAUACAGGUUCAGAUUAUACACUGAUGAUUAUACAGGAAAAUACACCGGAGAACCUGGAGUCUCUCUGUCUGUCACAGAUCUGAAGGUUACAGUAUCAGACUCGGGUCACGGACAAAUCGAUCUGAGCUGCAUCACCACCUGCAGUCUGUCUAACAAACCCACUUACAUCUGGUACAAGAACGGACAGCGUGUGUCUGAGUGUAAAUCUGCCUCCUGCUCUGUAGCUGCAGUCGGUGGUGCGGUCAGUUACAGCUGUGCUGUUGAAAGCCAUGACAGUCUCCUCUCUCCUCCGGUGUAUUCCCCUAAAAACACCACAGCAGUGGUUCUUUCCUCUGGAGACACAGUGGAGGGGGAUUCAGUGACUCUGAGCUGUAGCAGUGAUGCAAACCCUCCUGUUCUCACCUACUUCUGGUUUAAACAGAGUUCAGCUGCAGACACACUGCUGAUAACAGGCCAGAAUUACAGCAUCAGUAACAUCAGCUCCCAGCACAGAGGACUGUACUACUGCACUGCUCACAACCAGCUGGGACACCACAACUCUACACCAACACACCUGGAUGUGUUCACUGAGGUGUGGAAGCUGCAUGCUGUAUGGGGAGCUGCUGCUGCACUCGUUCCUGCUCUGCUUCUCUCCCUUCUUACCGCCUUCCUGUGUGUUAAGAGGAAGAAAAGAGCAGAGAGAGACAUUCAGAAUGUGGCUUCAGCAAAGAGAAGAACUGCAGAACUAAAGACUGAUCACUAACAGCUGAGUUUAUUUAGUGACUUUACAUUCAGCAUCAUGAUGUUUUAGUGUCAGAUUUAAAUCUAAUUAACUAAUUUCUGUCUUAAUUAAUCGUCAUUCGUUUGUUAUUCAGGCAGCUUCUUUUGUUUAUCAGUUAUCUUUUUGUACAUUUAAUAUAUUAUACACACACAUACAUAUAUAACGUGUAGCCGCCUGCAGAAAUCCUGCACAUUUUCUACUAUAUCCUGAUUUUUCUCAUCGUCUCUUCACUCGCUUGAUCUGUUAAAGCAAAGAAUUCCGACCAAAGUCAAGAUGGAUUUUAAUAUGUCGGGUCUGUUUCUGUAAAAUCUUUAAAAUGUUUCUAUUUACGAGAAUAAAAUUGAGCUCAUGAUCAUUUA